CGGUUUUGCAUAUUUUUUAUCUUUUUUCUUUUCCUCCUUUCAACCAUGGCCGUAUCACUUUUAGCCUACGUUGUUACUUUUUUUGUUUUUACUUGUAGUUAUAUAUUAACCAUUCUUGCUUUAGCUCUUCCUAAAUGGUUAACGUUUAUCACUCCAGCUCCGUUUUACACUGAAACAAACUAUGGUCUUUUCCAGAUUUGUAGAAGUUUUGCAAAAUGUCGAGCUUUCCCUUCUGGUGAUAAUGGAGACUGCGGAGAAGAUGGUUUUUGUGAACUAUGGCGUGGAGCAGCAGCUGGAAUGGUAUUAUCAGCCAUCCUUGGUGCUUUCGUUUUACUUGCUUUACUUGGAACAAUGUGUAGUGGACGACGAAAAAGAGCAAAGGCUUGGAUGACAUUAGCUGGACUGUUUGUAAUUUAUGCUAUUCCACAAGUCUUAUCCAUGGGUAUUGUUGCGUAUCUAUAUAAUUCCAGUUCUACCUUUUAUAUUGGUACCCGUUACAAUGUAUCUUUUAUUCUUUGUAUCAUUAGCUGGUGUCUUAGUAUCUUCUUGGCGGUGAUUCUCUCCAUAGUUGCCUUUGUUGGUCCUCCUGAAUAUGCCUACAAUCCAAUUGAUUCCUAAAAAAAAAAGUGAUAUAUAUAUAUAUAUAUAUAUA